UUCUGCUCGCUCUUGUUUGUGGGCGACGCGAAACAAACCUCAUUGAAAGCCCGAGAGAGCGAGAGUCACCAUGACAUCUAUCCUCUCCGUCACUCUGACCAAUGGCCAACAUGACACUACUCUCACUCUCUAGUUCCACUCUCUCCCACCUCACAACAAAACCCACUUGGAGAAUCAAAGCCAAAGCCAUGGCCUCCGUACCCACCAAGACCAAAGUGGUGCCUGCUGUCAUAGUCGGCGGCGGAAGGGUUGGGAAGGCCUUGAAUGACAUGGGCAGUGGUGAUGACUUGCUGGUGAAAAGAGGAGAGCCUGUGCCUCUUGACUUUGAAGGCCCUAUCAUGGUUUGCACUAGGAAUGAUGAUCUAGAGGCUGUUCUUCAGUCCACUCCCCGGCCCAGAUGGAACGAUUUGGUUUUUUUCCAGAAUGGAAUGCUGGAACCAUGGCUUGAAAGUAAAGGUCUUGCUGAUGCAAACCAAGUGUUAGCAUAUUUUGCUGUCUCCAAGCUGGGAGAACCUCCGGUUGAUGGAAUAACUGAUACCAAUCCUGAAGGACUGACAGCAUCAUAUGGGAAGUGGGCAUCUGUAGUAGCUGACAGAUUACAUGCUGGCGGCCUCACUUGCAAGGUUCUCGACAAGGAAGCAUUUCAGAAGCAGAUGUUAGAAAAGUUGAUAUGGAUUUCAGCAUUCAUGCUUGUUGGAGCUCGUCAUCCAGGAGCAACAGUAGGUGGUGUAGAGAAAGACUACCGCUCUGAGGUUUCCAGCCUUAUUGCAGAGCUCGCCUCCGCAGCAUCAGCUGAAAAGGGGUUGGUAUUUGAAGGAGGCAUGGAGGAUAGACUAUGUGCAUACUCACGGGCCGUUUCCCACUUUCCUACUGCAGUCAAAGAGUUUAAAUGGAGAAAUGGUUGGUUCUAUUCUCUCUCUGAAAAGGCAAUUGCAGAAGGAAAGCCUGAUCCCUGCCCCCUACAUACGGCAUGGCUCAAGGAAUUGAAAAUUGUUUAGAAAACACCAGCUUUACUGUAUGAAUGAUUUGGAUCUCCUUAUGUUGGAGCUAAUACUUGGAGCUAUGCGAUCUUGCUUCUCUUCCCCUAAGUAUGGAAUUUUCAUCGAUUUAGAUCUUGUGAUUGUCAUAUGCAUUGUUAAUAUGAAGCAAAACAGCCAAGCUGGAGUUAUAUGAAUUUAUAGACCGAAAUUUGUGUACCUCGCUGAUAAAUUGAUAUGCAUGAUAGUAA